GUACCAGGGCCAGUGGGUUGGUGGCAUGCGCCAGGGCUACGGCGUGCGGCAGAGUGUCCCCUAUGGCAUGGCAGCAGUCAUCCGCUCACCCCUGAGGACAUCCAUCAACUCUCUGCGCAGUGAGCACACCAACGGCACGGCGCUGCACCCGGACGCCUCCCCGGCGGUGGCCGGCAGCCCGGCCGUGUCCCGGGGGGGCUUCGUGCUCGUGGCGCACAGCGACUCCGAGAUCCUCAAGAGCAAGAAGAAAGGGCUGUUCCGGCGCUCGCUGCUGAGCGGGCUGAAGCUGCGCAAGUCCGAGUCCAAGAGCAGCCUGGCCAGCCAGCGCAGCAAGCAGAGCUCCUUCCGCAGCGAGGCGGGCAUGAGCACCGUCAGCUCCACGGCCAGCGACAUCCACUCCACCAUCAGCCUGGGCGAGGCCGAGGCCGAGCUGGCCGUCAUCGAGGAUGACAUUGACGCCACCACCACCGAGACCUAUGUGGGCGAGUGGAAGAACGACAAGCGAUCGGGCUUCGGCGUGAGCCAGCGCUCGGAUGGGCUCAAGUACGAGGGCGAGUGGGCCGGCAACCGGCGGCAUGGCUACGGCUGCAUGACCUUCCCCGACGGCACCAAGGAGGAGGGCAAGUACAAGCAGAACGUGCUCGUCAGCGGCAAGCGCAAGAACCUCAUCCCGCUGCGGGCCAGCAAGAUCCGCGAGAAGGUGGACCGGGCCGUGGAGGCGGCCGAGCGGGCGGCCACCAUCGCCAAGCAGAAGGCUGAGAUUGCGGCUUCCAGGACCUCCCACUCGCGGGCCAAGGCUGAGGCGGCCCUCACGGCGGCACAGAAAGCCCAGGAGGAAGCACGGAUUGCCAGGAUCACUGCCAAAGAGUUCUCACCUUCCUUCCAGCACAGGGAAAACGGGCUCGAGUACCAGCGGCCGAAACAUCAGAUUUCCUGUGAUGACAUCGAGGUGCUCUCCACUGGGACACCCCUGCAGCAGGAGAGCCCAGAGCUGUACCGCAAAGGCACCACCCCUUCCGACCUGACCCCUGACGACAGCCCCCUGCAGAGCUUCCCCGCCAGCCCCACGGCCACCCCACCCCCUGUCCCGGCCUCCAGGAACAAGGUCGCCCACUUCUCCCGGCAGGUCUCAGUGGAUGAGGAGCGGGGAGGGGACAUCCAGAUGCUCCUGGAGGGCCGGGGAGGGGACUAUGCCCGCAACAGCUGGGGCGAGGAGAAGGCCGGGGGCUCCAGGGGCGUCCGCAGCGGCGCCCUCCGCAGCGGUCAGCCCGCAGAGGACUUCCGCUCCCGGGGCUCGGGCCACAAGCAGCCCGGGAACCCCAAGCCCCGGGAGCGGCGGACGGAGUCCCCCACCGUGUUCUCGUGGACUUCCCAUCACCGGCCCAGCAACCACAGCUGCGGGAGCACCAGGCUGCUGGAGCCGGACGAGGAGCGGCUGAGCAACUACAGGCUGGAGAUGAAGCCCCUGCUGAGGAUGGACGCCUACGCGCCCGAGCCGCAGCCCCAGAAGAGGCGCUACGGCAAGGGGGGCGCCUGUCGGGGCUUGGGGGAGGACCACCGUCCUGAGGACCGGGGCUUUGGGGUGCAGAGACUGAGGUCAAAGUCCCAGAAUAAGGAGAACUUCCGGCCAGCCUCCUGCACAGAGCCCACAGUGCAGAAACUGGACAGCCUGCGGCUGGGGGAUCGAGCCGAGCCCCGGCUGCUGCGCUGGGACCUGACCUUCUCCCCGCCCCAGAAGUCCCUGCCUGUUGCACUAGAGUCCGACGAGGAGAACGGGGAUGAGCUCAAGUCCAGUGCGGGCUCGGCGCCUAUUCUGGUAGUCAUGGUGAUCUUGCUCAACAUCGGAGUCGCCAUCUUGUUCAUUAACUUCUUCAUCUGAUGAGGUUGUUGCGGUGGCAGAAGGAAUGGUGUGCAACACGGGGCAUCAAAAGCAAAACAAGGGAAAGAGCAUAGCUCGGACAGUCCAACGACUUCCAAGUCUCUUCACAGAAGACAUGACUGGGUAUCACUCACAGAUUGCCUUUUUUUCCGGGUAAUGUUUUUUGGAUUUUAGCCAAAAUUCUUUGCUUGUAUAACAUUAUGCUGUGUGGCACGGCAGAAGGAGGCCAGCACGCCGACCCUCCAGCUUGAUGUGGAAAGAGAACGGAUCCCAGCGAGCCAAUGGCAAAAAAGAAGCCACUAUCGUCGUCAUCACCCCUCCCGUGGGGUGGUGGGUGGGCGGCAAAUGGAGGAACCUCAGAGAAGUGGCACUGCGCCUACCAGGAGGCGCUCUGCGGACAGCGGGUGGACUGUUUCCCUGUCUGGAAGAGCUGGGUAGUAAGCGUGGGUAUGAGGUGGGGCAUGGGUGUCCUGCACGUGGGAGGUGUGGAGGAUGCCUCCUGCCCGCAGCCCCCUCCUGGGCUGGCUCCUCAGCGAGUCCUACCAUGAGGUCCUUACUUUCCGCUCACUCAUUGCCUGUCCGGCCACCUAGGCCCCAGGGGCCAACACAGACCCUGCCGAGCACUCUGAGCAUGGAAGCCAAGGGGCGGUGCCCGCCUGGGCUCUGAGCAUGUGGCAUUUGUGCACUCAGUAGCAGGAUGUACAUUCAGGCUUCUGUGUCCUUGGCAGUGAUGGCCUGUAAAGGACGUCAUCUUCUCUUGCUGUUACUGACCUCCACGGGUUUUCACAUCUUUGUACCGUGCCUGCCUCGACUCCCCCAACAGAUAUGCAUAUUCCCACCAGACGCCUCAGUGCUACUCCAGGGCAGGUCUGGUCCCAGGGCGGGAAUGUGGUUGACACCCAGUGGCUUGAAAACUGUCGCACAUCCACUCCUGCCCCCAAUGUACAAUGUAACUCGUUUCGGUCCAACAAAAACAGGCUCCUUCUGUCUCUGCCUUCUCUACCAGGGUUGUUCCAUCAUCCACACAAAAGAACCAGGUUUGCCAGAACGUCCAAGGCCCAUGGCCUUGGCUCUCCUGCGUACAGAUGUGUCUGGGGGGGUCCAGGCCCAUCCGUACGCAGGACGCCCUGCGCUCAUGCCUGGGGUGGCCCUCACCGUGACUUCCCGCCAGUCUUCUUGGGUACAGCCCCUCUUUUGGACUCUGCCUUGCUUUGCUUAUGUUUAGCUGUUUCUCUGCUACCUUUUGAGCAGAUUUCUUUACUACAAUGCACUGGAUUGCUAUAUUUUUAACCAGAAAUAAACUAAAGAUUAGAGCAUGUUCCAGUUAAAUUCAGUUUUACUGUUUUCCGUUACACAUUCGAUCCCCAGUCCUUCUCACGGUUUGGUUUCGGGGACACAGGGGAGGGAGGGAGGAUCAGAAGGUCAUACGAUACAUUUCUGAUAAUGCUGCUUUCUAAAGGGAUAUUACAUCUUUUUGUACAUCUUACUUUUCCGUUCCUCUUUUUUAAUAUCGAGUGGUUGCUGCAGACCUGAAGUGAACCAAAUAAAGAUUCCUGCUCUUUGCAGCUCUAAGAAUCAUC